CCAUGGGUGACGGUGAUUUGAAGAGACCUUAUUUCCAGGCAGAAAGGAGCCACAAAUCAGAGAGUGCUACCGUGCCAAUGGAAGAAGACAAUAAGACCAAAGAGCCAAAAGAAACUCAGAGGGCCCGUUCAGACAUGAUUUACAGUAUUGAGGAUGUCCCACCCUGGUACCUCUGUGUUCUGCUUGGGCUACAGCACUAUCUGACGUGUUUCAGCGGCACUGUAGCUGUGCCUUUCCUCCUGGCGGAAGCCAUGUGUGUUGGUCAAGACCAGAAUACUAUCAGUCAACUUAUUGGCACUAUCUUCAGUACUGUGGGAGUCACCACUCUGAUCCAGACCACAGUUGGAAUCAGGCUUCCUCUAUUUCAGGCCAGUGCUUUUGCUUUCUUGAUUCCUGCUCAGGCCAUCCUGAGCCUGGACCGUUGGACUUGUCCAAGUGAGGAGGAGAUUUAUGGUAACUGGAGUCUUCCAUUCAAAACUGACCACAUCUGGCAACCACGGAUAAGAGAGAUCCAGGGUGCCAUCAUUGUAUCCAGUGUUCUCGAAGUUGUUAUUGGUCUGUGUGGAUUUCCAGGGUUGCUGUUAGAGUACAUUGGCCCUCUAACCGUUACACCAACUGUCUCACUGAUUGGCCUGUCUGCCUUCACUACAGCCGCAGACCGAGCUGGUUCACACUGGGGUCUGUCAGCACUGUGUAUGUUGCUGAUUGUGCUAUUUGCUCAGUACCUCAGAUCGACAUCAGUUCCUGUUCCAUUUUGUAGCAGGAAGAAAGGACUGACUUCCACCAGAGUCCAGAUAUUUAAGAUGUUUCCUAUUAUCCUCGCCAUUAUGAUGGUUUGGCUGAUUUGCUACAUCCUCACCCUGACUGACCUCUUACCAAGUGACCCUGAAAGCUAUGGACACAAGGCACGGACGGAUGCCCGUGGUGACAUCAUGACAUUAUCACCCUGGUUCAGAGUACCCUACCCCUGCCAGUGGGGUGUGCCAGUGGUAACCACUGCUGGUGUCCUGGGGAUGCUGAGUGCCACCAUGGCAGGCAUGGUGGAAUCAAUUGGUGAUUAUUAUGCUUGUGCUCGUCUUGCUGGAGCCACACACCCACCGAUCCAUGCAAUUAACAGGGGAAUCUUCACUGAGGGUGUUUGUUGUAUUAUUGCUGGCCUUUUAGGAACAGGAAAUGGCUCCACCUCAUCCAGUCCAAAUAUAGGUGUUCUAGGAAUCACCAAGGUGGGUAGCAGGCGAGUGGUGCAGUACGGUGCAGGAAUCAUGUUCCUGCUGGGGUCCAUUGGAAAGUUCACCGCUCUGUUUGCAUCUCUGCCAGAUCCAAUUCUGGGCGGGAUGUUCUGCACUCUGUUUGGAAUGAUCACAGCCGUUGGUCUCUCCAACCUGCAGCUGGUAGAUCUGAACUCAUCCAGAAACCUCUUUGUUCUUGGAUUUUCCAUGUUCUUCGGCCUCACCUUACCCACUUACCUGGAUGCCCAUCCCAAUGCCAUCAACACAGGACUCGCAGAGCUGGAUCAGAUCUUGACAGUACUUCUCUCCACCGAGAUGUUCGUUGGAGGCUUUUUGGCUUUUUGUUUGGAUAACACCAUCCCAGGGUCCAGACAGGAACGUGGCCUGGUUGGAUGGCGAGCUGAUACCUCCUCUUUCUCAUCCUCUUCUUUUUCAUCCUAUGACCUUCCUGUGGGGAUGGAUGUGAUCAGGCGCACACACUGGUUAAGAUUUUUACCCAUCAGCCCUACCUUUCAGGGUUUCCAAGUAUGUGACAAGCAGCCAAAGCAGGCAGAACAGGGAGGAAGAGGAACAGACAUAAAUGUGGAAGAAGAGAAAACUACUGAGUUCAACAUAUCCAGUACCAAAGUUUAACCCUGCUGUCAUCAUUAACACGCGCUUCAAGAAUUAAACCACAAAGCAGGAAAAGAUCUUAGGAGCUGACAGCACAGAAUACCUGUCAGUCUGCCAGAAGAGACUGUU